CAACAUCGUCAUCAUGCUGGUGGGCAACAAGAGCGACCUGCGGCACCUGAGGGCUGUGCCCACCGACGAGGCCCACGCCUUUGCAGAAAAGAAUACUUUGUCAUUUAUUGAAACCUCUGCCCUGGACUCGACCAAUGUGGAGGAGGCUUUCAAAAAUAUCCUGACAGAGAUUUACCGGAUUGUGUCACAGAAGCAGAUCACUGACCGAUCGGCGCACGACGAGUCUCCUGGCAACAACGUGGUGGACAUCAGCGUUCCGCCCACCACAGAUGGCCAGAGAUCCAACAAACUGCAAUGCUGCCAAAACCUGUGACCCCCGAGCCCUCCCCUCUGCUUCGUGUUGUUCGUGCUGCUCUCCCGUAUUCCCUGGUUUCACUGGAAUUUUUCUUUUGUCCCGUUACUUCAUUUCAUAGAGCUAUGUUCUGCCUUCUGUUAGCCCCUAAAUCCACGCUUGAGGGAAGUUAAUACCGUCUACCGUGCCUAGAGCAGCUGUGAGGUCCAUCACACCUCGUGCAUAAUGACUCCUGCUGUUUCUCUGAACCCCCACUAGUAGGCACUCCCUAUAACAUCAUAUAGAGCAGCCCUGACUGUGACAAGCUGAGACCGCUUAGGCUACACGCAGUUCCAUUUACCUAAUAGAGGAG